AUGCCAGCGAUUAACGUCAAAACAGGAAAAUACAGCGACACUUUCAGCUUGUAAUGACUGUGUUGGUGGGAUUCGCCUCUUUGUAGAUGCAGUGACUGUUAACAGGAGCCUAACAGGGUCUCGACAAAUUCCUCAGCAUCAUCGCCGAGCCGUGUGUGUGUGUGUGUGUGUGUGUGUGAGGGAGAGAGAGAGAAACAGCCAUGCCGCCACAGCCGACCACACAGACCCGUGUCCUGGUCCUCAACCACAUGGAGAAGCUGGAGAGAACCCUCUUCCGCCUGGACCAAGGUUUUGAGCUCCAGUUCCGCCUGGGCCCCACCCUCCAGGGGAAGCAUGUCCAGGUGAGCACCAACUACCCUGCCCAGGGGGAGCGCUUUGAGCGCAACACCUUCCGCACGCUGGCCUGGGUCAACCCUGCCGGUCCCCACGACGACUCCGACAAGUUCUGCAGCCUGGAGCUGCAGGUGUCCGGGUCGUACCAGUAUCACUUCAACAACGGGGGUGAGGAGGGGUCGGGCGGCUCCCCCAGGGGUGAGAGGUCGGGCGGGGGCUAUAUCGUGGUGAAUCCAGUGCUGCGCGUGGGCCCAGACAACCAGGUCCUCCCCCUGGACUGCAUCACCAUCCAGACAUACCUGUCUAAGUGUCUGGGUCACCUGGGAGACUGGCCCGACCGUCUGCGGGUCGCCAAGGAGACGGGGUACAACAUGAUCCACCUGACCCCAGUGCAGACCCUGGGAGAGUCCCGGUCCUGCUACUCCCUGGCCGACCAGCUGGAGCUGAACCCGGACUUCUCCCCCCCAGGAGAGAGGCUGUCCUGGGGGGACGUGGGCCGGCUGCUGGAGGGCCUCCGCAGGGACUGGGGCGUGGCCUGCAUCACUGACGUGGUUUACAACCACACAGCCUCUAACAGCGUCUGGAUCAGGGAGCACCCAGAGUGUGGCUACAACAUGACCAACUCCCCCCACCUGCGCCCGGCCUGGGUGCUGGACCGGGCCCUGUGGCACCUGACCUGCGAGGUGGCGUCCGGCGGGCACGUGGAGGCGGGGCUUCCUGCCCUGCUGCAGCACCAGCAGCACCUGGACGCCCUGCGGACAGUGCUGUGGAAGGAGGUGUUCCCCAGACUCAAGCUGUGGGAGUUCUUCCAGGUCAGAGUGGAGAAUGCUGUGGAUCAGUUCAGAACCCUGCUGCAGAACGGUGCUAAACCUGACCAUAAUAAGACCGGAAGUAAGCCACAACUCAGGAUUAUCCAGGACCCUCACUACCAUCGCUAUGGCAACACAGUGGAUAUGAACACCGCCCUAGCAACCUUCACUCCUCACGACUCCAGCCCCUUCGCUGUAGAGGAGUGUUGUGGUUGGCUGCGUCGCCGUCUGGAGGAGAUCAAUGGAGACCAGUACCAGCUGAUGCAGCAGCACCAUGAGCAGGCAGUGAACUGUAUUGUGGGCAGUGUACUGUAUGAGCGUCUGGCUGACCAUGGUCCUAAACUGGGUCCUGUGAGCAAGAAACAUCCUCUGGUCACCAGGUACUUCACCUUCCAGUUCCCAGAACAGCCCCUGGAGGCGGAGCUUAGACUGCUGGACAAGCCUGACAAGGCGUGUCACUUCCUGGCUCACAACGGCUGGGUGAUGGGAGACGACCCGCUACGCAACUUUGCAGAGCCAGGAUCCAACGUGUACCUGAGGAGAGAGCUGAUUUGCUGGGGCGACAGCGUGAAGCUUCGCUAUGGCGACGGCCCAGAGGCUUGUCCCUACCUGUGGGCUCACAUGCAGAAGUACACUGAGAUCACUGCCAAGCACUUUGCUGGCGUCCGAUUGGACAACUGCCACUCCACCCCUCUGCACGUCGCUGAGGCCAUGCUAGCCGCUGCCAGAGCGGUCAGACCCAACCUGUAUGUGAUAGCAGAGCUGUUCACAGGAAGUGAGCUCAUAGACAACGUGUUUGUGAACCGCCUGGGCAUCACCAGCCUGAUACGAGAGGCUAUGAGUGCAGGGGAUAGCCAUGAGGAAGGCCGGUUGGUGUACCGCUACGGAGGAGAGCCAGUAGGAGGGUUCGUCCAGCCCAGUCUCCGCCCCCUGGUCCCCUCCAUUGCUCACGCCCUCUUCCUGGACGUCACCCACGACAACGAGUGUCCCAUACAGCUGAGGUCGGUGUGGGACGCCCUGCCCAGCUCUGCUAUCGUCUCCAUGGCGAGCUGCGCUACCGGCUCCACCAGGGGCUAUGACCAGCUGGUCCCUCACCAGAUCUCGGUGGUGGAGGAGGAGAGGUUGUACCCCAGGUGGAGCGCGGAGCCCUCGUCCCCAGGAGAGGUGAACCUGCAGUCGGGGAUCAUGGCAGGGAAGCUGGCCCUCAACCGCCUGCACCAGGAGCUGGCUGCCCAGGGGUUCAUACAGGUGUACGUAGACCAGGUAGAUGAAGACGUUGUGGCCGUGACUCGUCACUGUCCCAGCAGCCACCAAUCAGUGGUUGCCGUGUGUCGUACCGCCUUCCGGAACCCCAAAACCCACCAAUACCGUGACGAGGUCCCGCCCAUGUUCAUACCUGGGAAGAUAGAGGAGGUGGUUUUGGAGGCGAGGACAGUUGAAAGGCAUGCUGGGACAUACAGGAAGGACGAAAGCUACAUCAACGGGAUGCCAGAGUACACUGUGGAGAUCAGAGAGCACAUCCAGCUGAAGGACAGUGAUGUGGUGAGGCAGGCUGGAGUCACGUCUAAAGGCAGCAGUGAGUUUGUCCAGGAGAUCCUGUUUGAAAAGCUCACACCAGGCAGCGUGAUCGCCUUCAGGGUGAGUCUGGACCCCAAGGCCCAGCAGCUGGUUGGGAUUCUGAGGCGUCACCUGGUCCAGUUCAGCCCCAAGUUCCUGCCUGGCAGUCUGGAUGACCUCGACACACCUGCAGCCCUGAAGACCCCGCUGGCCCAGACCAUGUCCCGGCUGUCUCUAGCAGACAUGAACAUGCUGCUGUUCCGAUGUGAUGCUGAGGAGCAGGAGGACGGGGGAGGCUGCUACGACAUCCCCACCUGGAGCAGCCUGAAAUACGCAGGCCUGCAGGGGGUGAUGUCGGUACUGGCUGACCUCCGUCCCCAGAACGACCUGGGUCACCCCUUCUGUGACAACCUGCGUCAGGGGGACUGGAUGAUGCAGUACAUCAGCAACAGACUGGAGGCCCGCGGGGGGGCGCUGGGGGAGGUGGGGACAUGGCUGGCGGCCAUGUUUGACUACCUGAAGCACGUUCCACGCUACCUCAUCCCCUGCUACUUCGACGCCAUCAUGGUGGGCAUCUACACCACCGCCCUGGACCACACCUUCAGCUGCAUGUCCAGCUUCAUCCAGCAGGGUUCCUCCUUCGUGCGUCUCCUGGCUCUGGGCUCCGUCCAGAUGUGUGGGGUGAGUCGUGUCCCGGCCCUCCCCCCUCUCUCCCCCCUGCUCCAGGACGUCCCCCAGCGCUCCAGCCCCCUCACACACACCCCCGAGCAGUGCUGCCCCUCGCUGGCCGCAGGUCUUCCUCACUUCUCUUCCGGAAUAUUCCGCUGCUGGGGAAGAGACACCUUCAUCUCUCUGAGAGGACUGCUGCUGGUCACCGGACGACAUCUGGAGGCCAGGAACAUCAUCCUGGCGUUCGCAGGCACCCUGAGGCACGGGCUCAUCCCCAACCUGCUGGGGGAGGGCCGGGGGGCGCGCUACAACUGCAGGGACGCCGUGUGGUGGUGGCUGCAGUGUGUGCAGGACUACUGCUGCACGGUGCCCGAUGGCACGCUCAUCCUGUCCUGCCCCGUCGCUCGCAUGUACCCCUCAGACGACGCCCAGCCCCAGCCCCCUGGAACCCUGGACCAGCCUCUGUAUGAUGUCAUCCAGGAAGUGAUGCAACGCCACCUCCAGGGCAUCCAGUUCAGAGAGCGUAACGCCGGGCCACAGCUCGACCGCAACAUGACUGACAAGGGGUUCAGCGUGGAAGCCAAGGUGAGCAGAGACACCGGCUUUGUCUACGGAGGAAACCGCUUCAACUGUGGCACCUGGAUGGACAAGAUGGGAGAGAGUGAGCAAGCCAGGAACAAGGGGAUCCCUGCUUCCCCCAGAGAUGGCUCUGCAGUAGAGAUUGUGGGUCUCUGUAAGUCGACCCUCCGCUGGCUGUUGGAACUGCACACACACGGCCUGUUCCCCUACUCUACCCUCACCAUCCAGAGAGAGGGUAAGGAGGUGUGUGUCUCCUACGAGGACUGGAACCGUAAGAUCCAGAAGAACUUUGAGAAGCUGUUCUUCGUGUCGGGCGACCCAGACGACCCCCGGGAGCAGCAGCCUGAGCUGGUCCACAAGGCAGGCAUCUACAAGGACAGCUACGGGGCCUCCAGCCCCUGGUGUGACUACCAGCUACGACCCAACUUCACCAUCGCCAUGGUGGUGGCCCCAGAGCUGUUCAGUGUAAAGAAGGCGUGGCAGGCUCUAGAGGUGGCAGAGCAGAAGCUGCUGGGGCCACUGGGCAUGAAGACCUUGGACCCCGAUGACAUGGUGUACUGUGGUGUCUACGACAACGCCCUGGACAACGACAACUACAACCUGGCCAGAGGCUUCAACUACCACCAGGGGCCGGAGUGGCUGUGGCCUGUAGGGUACUUCCUGCGAGCUAAGCUGUACUUCUCCAGGAAGCUGGGUGAGGAGGCAUACGAGCAGACAGUCCUGCUGGUGAAGAACCUGCUGUCACAGCACUAUAUCCACCUGGAGAGGUCACCCUGGAAAGGUCUUCCUGAGCUGACCAAUGAGAACGGCCAGUACUGUCCCUUCAGCUGUGAAUCACAGGCCUGGUCCAUCGCCACGGUGCUGGAAGUCCUCUACGACCUGUGACGCAUCACUUCCUGUAGACUGACAGCCGCGUCCUGUUCAGCUUCCUGGUCUUACAUGCUGUAGCCCAUCCCCCAUAGUGUCUAGACGUGUGUUGUUUUGUUUACAUGUCGUUUCCAUGGCUCCCACAGUGCUGUGUGUGGUGGAGGGGAUUACUUAACAAAGGCUCAGACAGGAAGCUAGCUAACUACUUCCUGAUAGGUCGUCCAAUCGGCUUAAGUUUCUACAGAAUCACAUCCAAUCAGAGCCUCUGUACUCCUUGACACAUCCACAUAUUAACCAAUAGAAAACAAACCUUCUCACUGUUCCUCCUGGUGACCAGUAGUGGUUUAGCAGGUUUUGAGGACCUGUGUUGUGUGAAGAUGUGUCUCGUGCUCCAACACCAGGAGCUGAAACCUGCUACAGCUGCACGCCCACUGUGUCACACUGUCACAGGCUAGACCUGACUACUGAUGUCAUAGACAUGUUCUGAUGUCAUAGACAUGUUCUGAUGUCAUAGGCAUGUUCUGAUGUCAUAGGCAUGUUCUGAUGUCAUAGACAUGUUCUGAUGUCAUAGACAUGUUUUGAUGUCAUAGGCAUGUUCUGAUGUCAUAGACAUGUUUUGAUGUCAUAGACAUGUUCUGAUGUCAUAGACAUGUUCUGAUGUCAUAGGCAUGUUCUGAUGUCAUAGACAUGUUCUGAUGUCAUAGACAUGUUCUGAUGUCAUAGACAUGUUCUGAUGUCAUAGACAUGUUUCUACUGUAGUCUGGAUUAAAGGGAAUUCUGAAGAGUUUCCUUUUUCGAGCUGCUUGUUGGUGAAGAUAUGCAUGCCAGUGUGCUGGGGAGGGUUUGAAGCAGUUAGAAAAUUAUGCUUAAGAGAUAGUUAACCAUAUGCAAUGAUGUUGAGUCAGAAAGUGGAAUACAGUAUUUUAAAGAUCAUAACUUUAACUCUCUGUGAAAAUUAAUAAUGUUUUAGGUGGGUUUGUUUGGGGUCAACUAACUUCCUAGUUAGAACAGCUCCUCCCACUAAACUCUGUGACCCCGCCUCCCCUGUACCUUGACAUCUGAUUGAUUAGUGUGUUAUUUCUCCUCCUAGAUGUUUCUUGUGUGUUUACAUACUGUUGUCAUGGUGAUAUCAAUAAAGAGUCUUCAAUGUG